AAUAGGUAAUAGUUUGUAUUAUUUUUGUGCAGCAUAAAAAUGUUGAUCAAUUUAGUGAAAAUACUGUUAAUUCUUGCAAUCAUAUCCCACAAAAUACGUCAUACUACACAGUUUAAAUGCAUACGACACGGAGAAACCUUAUCUUGUAAAAACAUAAGUGUAGAAGACAUCUACAGGGAGUAUUUCAACGAAAAAGUGAAGCAGCAUCAACAAAACUUGUCUGGGAUAGAAGUAUCAAACUCCAACAUACCUUCCAUCAAAAGUUUUCGCAGACCACCACAAGUCUCAAACAUACAUGACGUUAGUAUCCACCACAGCGCAGUUAAAAGAAUCUCCAACUCAGCUUUCGACGAUUUUGACAAUUUGAAGAGUCUAGAUGUAAGUUUCAACUUUUUGAUAGAUGUAAGCUUUGUAAAAAGUCUGCCAAAAUCAUUAACAAUCAUCAAACUCAAUAAUAACAAGAUAUCCUUUUUGGACGUUCAUUUUACUGACUUUCCACUUAUAUCCAAUGUCGAUUUAAGCUUCAACAAGAUCAAAACGCUUGAUUUUGGAAAGCUAAUAACUGUGCCUGACAUUAAUCUAAGCAAUAACCGCAUAAAUUUUAUACUUGCCAACGAAAAUAACUAUUUACCAAUAAAACUUAAGCACUUAAAUUUAAGCUACAACAAUUUUUCCCAUUAUGACGAACAUAGGCUAUCUAUAGCACCAGAUGUGCUAGACUUAAGCGGAAAUGACUUAAAGCUAGUAGACCUAACAUACCACAAACAAUACUUGAGCUUGGCCAGAUCUAAGGUAGAAACAUUCCUAACAAAAAUUUGUGCCAAUACGGCAGAUCUAAGUACUUUCAGUAACAUUUCACAAGUCAAAUUAAUGGUUUCUAGCAAUUUAGUACUCAGAAAAAACGAGUUUCGUACUCUAUCGAAUGAUACUUUGGACUUAAAGCAAUUUUUGGAUUAUAUUACCUAUUACUCUUUAGAUUUGUCUGAUUCCACGAUCCAAUCCAUAGCUGAUAACUAUUUUAAUGCCAUGAAAUUUUCUGUGCUUGAUUUAAGUCUCAAUUAUAUAACUAUUUUAAAGAAAAACACCUUUUUGUACUCAGACAUAAAAAAACUUAACAUGUCUUAUUGUGUUAUACAAGUUUUGCAAUCAGAAAGUUUUAGUCAAAGUACCAUAGAAGAGUUAGACUUAAGUAACAACAGGAUAGCCAAUCUUCAAGGUGUUUUUGAUGAUGUAUAUAUCGAAAAUUUAGAUUUAUCGUUCAAUUAUAUUAAACACUUAAAAAAGGACACUUUUGCUCGGUGCAAAGACAUUAAAACUAUAAAUCUGUCGCACUGUCUCAUAGACACAAUAGAUCCAGGAACCUUUUUGAAGCUACAAAAUUUAAGAGUUCAAGAUUUGAGUUAUAAUAAAAUAACAAUUUUGGACAGAGAUAUGUUUGGUUUACACAUAAACGAUUUAAAAUUGCAGGGCAAUAACAUACACACUAUAAAAAGUUUGGCAGUCAGUAAUCUCGAUCAUAUUUUUGUUUUGGAUUUGUCUAAUAUUACCAUUUCAACGAUAGAAUCAAAUGCGUUCGAUAAUUUGCCUAGAGCUCAAGAACUGUAUUUGACUCAUAACAAUAUAACAACAGUGGAGCAUACUUGGUUUGCCAAGUCCACCUUCAAACGAUUAACAAAAAUAGACUUAGCACACAAUCCUAUAAAAUCUAUAAACAAGCUGACCAACAUUAACCUCAACGAAGUAGUUUUAACCAUCAACGGUACUUUGGAAGCCAAUAGUAUUUCGAAUGUUUACAUAAAAACACUAACACUAAAAGAUUCUAGCAUUGACACAUUAAAAAAGAACUGUUUUAGAGGUUUGUUUAGCUUAACUGAGCUCUAUUUGCCUGGUUCGUCUGUAGGAACCAUUGAGACUGGUGCUCUAAACGACCUUUUCAAUUUAGAACAUCUAGAUGCUCAGAAUUUGUUCAAAAACAAUAAGGUUUUGCACGAAAAUACUUUCAGUGACUUCAACUCGAUGAAACUCUUGGAUUUGUCCAACAUAGGUCUUGAAGAACUGGAAGCCUUUUGUUUUAAAGGACUGAAAGCUCUUACGUAUCUUAAUCUAAGCAAAAACCAGUUUUCUGCUUUACAAAAUGAUACUUAUGCAGGACUUGUACAUCUAGAAACUUUAGACGUAAGCCUGAAUCAAUUAACUACCAUAGACUCGAAUGCUUUUCGAAGUUUAGGUGCUCUAAAAGAGCUGAAUUUAAAAAACAACAGGUUACAAAAUCUUACAGUGAACAUCUUCAAUACUUUGGUCAACCUUGAAAGACUGAAUUUACAAAAGAAUGAAAUAAGCAGAUUAGAGAGAGGUCUUUUCGAUGGGCUCAAAAAUCUUUUGGAGUUAAACCUGGCGGAAACUCAUUUAACCAUUAUGGACGUUGGAGUCUUUCAUCAACUCAAUAAUUUAAAAGUAUUAAACCUGAGCAAAAACAGUAUGGGUUCGGUUAAACCACCACGCAAUUCUUUUGAGAUAGGUAUAUUUUCAAACUUAGCAAACCUGGAAAUUUUGGAUUUGUCUUUUAACUUGAUCUCUAGCUUGAGCGUUAAAAAUAUGUUCAUGUCUUUAAGAAAUUUAAAGGAACUGUUGUUAGAUCAUAACGGUUUGAAGUAUGUAGAUUUUGGCGGACUUUUAAACAAUUGCAAGAAACUUUCUUAUAUUGGUAUAUCGUUUAAUACGUGGAAAUGUGAGUAUUUAGCCGAUAUUACCGAAAAAUUGUUUAACUCUAGCAUUAGUUAUCAUCCUAAAACACCUAUUUAUAGUCAGGAUAAUAUUGAAGGAAUAUAUUGUACUGAUGUUUGUAAAUUUGUAUAUUGUGAAGGUAGUGAAGGAAGUGAACUAGAAAUUCAAUAAAUAUAUCCGAAUGUAGAGUGUA